CAACAAAAACACAAAUCAAAUGAAACACUGAUUUGAGUGACAAUUAGUGGUUACCUUAAGACACAAUCAGGUGAUCAACUCGUGUCCACACAAAUGCCGGGCAUUUACAGCGUGUAUAUCAUCUCGAGAAGCGGUGGUCUUAUAUUCAACUACGACUGCGAACACAACUUCGUGUCCUCGGAGGUCGAGAAGACAUUCAGUUAUCCAUUGGAUGUGAAACUGGAUUUCAUUCACCAGAAGUUGAUCGUCAGUUUCGGACAGAGGGAUGGCAUCAGAGUUGGCUAUACGUUGCUCGCCAUCAAUGGUCAGCCCUUUAGUGGCCGCAAAAUGGAUGAUAAGGACGUUAUGGACGACAUUCUCGCCAAUGAAGACAAUUAUCCCAUAAAUCUUAAGUUUGGUUUGCAGAGACUGACCACUAAUGAGAAGAUAGUGUUGUCGUCGAUGUUUCACUCGCUGUACGCCAUCGCAGCCCUUCAGAUCUGCACCAAAGGCCGCAACGAUCGNAGACUGACCACUAAUGAGAAGAUAGUGUUGUCGUCGAUGUUUCACUCGCUGUACGCCAUCGCAGCCCUUCAGAUCUGCACCAAAGGCCGCAACGAUCGCCAGUUCCUCAAGAGCUCCGGCAUUGAAGUCAUGGAAACCAAUAACUUUCGCAUCAAUUGUCUGCAGACAACGACUGGCGUUAAGUUUCUGAUAGUCAGCGAUCUAACGGUUCCCGCAAACAAAGACCUGUUGCUUAAGAAGAUCUACGAAUUGUACACCGAUUACGCCCUUAAGAACCCAUUCUAUUCGCUUGAUAUGCCCAUCAGGUGCGAUUUAUUUGAUACCAAUUUACAGGCAAUUCUCGAGCAAAAUGAAAAGCAACCCAUUAUUAGCAAUGUUUAAAGCGAAACCUACCGUUCCCUUCAUUGUCACUGUUUUUUACUUCACCUUUUUGUUUAG